AUGUUCGAACACAGGCAAAUCCACCUUCAUAUAACCACUAGAAACAGGGUAAGGUCCAAGAGUAGUGGUCGAAUCACAGCACUGAGCAGAUUGAAAAAUUGUCGGUUUGCCUCAGAUCCCCGGUUCCGGUCGGAUCCACUGGCAGCCACCGGCGAAAUUACCGGGACAUGCUCUCAAAGUGAAUGUGGUGGAACGGCGCUCUGGCCGUAUUCGCUGUGCAUCGUCAUUUGUCCGCUCAGCUGGAUCAAGUUUCUCAUCGGUCAUCGUACUCGGCUGCUUCAAGACGCUGCGCUGAAGCCUGUCCCCUGUUGUUCCAAGAUUCCGCCAUCUGCCGCAAAGUCGCCUGGCGGAGUCUGGGCAUUAUGA